ACCGCUCUGCUCCUCCCUCUUCUUCUCUCUCCUUCCUUCUCCGCCUCCUCAGCGCUCGGGCUAGAAUAUCUAUGGGGCGAAACGUGAUGCGAUGAAUCUGAGAGAGACCGAAACUGGGACGCGGAACGCGGCGGAAGCGGCGAGACGCCGGGGCCGGGUCAUGGGGGCUUCGCCACAAUAGAGGCGCCCCCUCCCCCCUCGGAGCGAACUCCCCCAAAUCCCCUGGUCACAGGAUGGCGGCGGAGGCAGCGGCCCCGUCUCAGAUCGAAGCCGAACUGUAUUACCUGAUCGCCAGGUUCCUGCAGUCCGGACCCUGCAAUAAAUCUGCUCAGGUGCUAGUGGAGGAGCUGGAGGAGCAUCAGCUGAUCCCGAGGCGUCUGGAUUGGGAGGGGAGAGAGCAUCAGAGAAGCUUCGAAGAUCUGGUGACGGCCAAUGCACACAUUCCUCCAGACUACCUCCUUAAAAUUUGUGAGCGGAUUGGUCCCCUUUUGGACAGAGAGAUACCUCAGAGCGUUCCUGGGGUACAGACUUUGCUAGGCGUUGGCCGGCAGUCUUUGUUGAGAGGAGCAAAAGACUGCAGGAGUGCACUGUGGAAUGUAUCUGCUCUUGCAGCUCUCCACCGAGGCAGACCUCCAGAGCUACCGGCAGGCUAUAUGAGAGCCCCGAAUGUUGUAACGAUCACUUCUGCCAGACAGUUAACUGGAUGUGGUCGCUUCAGCCAUAUAUUCCCCUCAUCUUCUUACCAACAAAUGAAGAUGCACAAGAGAAUUCUGGGUCACUUAUCAUCUGUCUACUGUGUAGCAUUUGACCGAAGUGGGAGAAGAAUUUUCACAGGUUCGGAUGACUGUUUGGUAAAAAUUUGGGCUACUGAUGAUGGGCGGCUCCUCUCUACACUACGCGGGCAUUCUGCCGAAAUUUCUGACAUGGCUGUCAACUAUGAAAACACGCUUCUUGCUGCUGGCAGCUGUGAUAAAGUGGUCAGAGUAUGGUGUCUUCAAACCUGUGCACCAGUUGCUGUCCUUCAGGGGCAUUCAGCAUCUAUUACUUCCAUACAGUUUUGCCCAGCAAGGAAAGGAACAACCCGUUACCUCACUUCAACUGGUGCUGAUGGAACAAUUUGCUUCUGGCAGUGGCACGUGAACACACUGAAAUUCAAGGAUCGUCCACUGAAAUUUACUGAGAGGUCCAGACCUGGGGUUCAAAUUUCUUGCUCUUCUUUUAGUUCUGGUGGCAUGUUCAUUGUUACAGGUAGCACUGACCAUGUGAUUAGAAUAUAUUACUUGGGAUCAGAGUCCCCUGAAAAAAUUGCUGAGUUAGAGUCACAUACGGACAAAGUUGUUGCAGUUCAGUUUUGUAACAAUGGAGACAGUUUGAAAUUUGUUAGUGGAAGUAGAGAUGGAACUGCAAGAAUCUGGCAAUAUCAGCAACAGGAAUGGAAAAAUAUGGUGCUUGACAUGGCGACUAGAGCAACAGGGAACAACUUAGGAAGUGAAGACAAAGUGACUAAGCUAAAGGUGACUAUGGUGGCUUGGGACCGAUAUGAUGCCACCGUUAUUACAGCAGUGAACAAUUUCCUCCUAAAAGUAUGGAAUUCCAGCACAGGGCAGCUUCUUCAUAACCUAACUGGACACGAUGACGAAGUGUUUGUUUUGGAAGCACAUCCAUUUGACCAAAGGAUUAUGCUUUCUGCGGGUCAUGAUGGGAACAUUUUCAUUUGGGACCUUGACCGAGGAACCAAAAUUCGAAAUUACUUUAACAUGAUUGAGGGCCAAGGCCAUGGUGGUGUGUUUGAUUGCAAGUUCUCACCAGAUGGGCAACAUUUUGCCUGUACAGAUUCUCACGGACAUUUGCUGCUGUUUGGUUUUGGAUGCAAUAGAGACUACGAAAAGAUUCCAGAUCAGAUGUUUUUCCACACGGAUUAUCGACCGCUCAUUCGAGAUGCUAACAACUAUGUACUGGAUGAGCAGACUCAGCAAGCUCCUCAUUUGAUGGCACCCCCAUUUUUGGUGGAUGUGGAUGGCAACCCUCAUCCUACAGAAUUCCAACGGCUGGUGCCAGGACGGGAACAUUGUAAGGACCAACACCUUAUACCACAACUGGGCUACAUUGCUGAUGGUGAUGGUGAAGUGAUAGAACAGGUGAUUGGUCAACAAGCCAUGGAUCAAGAUGGAAUGAUCAGGGAACUGCAGAGGGAGCAGGAUCUAAGACUGGUUACUGAAGAAGGAAGUUCAUUUAUUCAUAUUAAUAGACCAUAUUCUUUUAGUGGAGCUGUGAGAAGCCCAAAUAUGGAGUUUGCCUCUUCUUCAAAUGUUGGAUUUCAACCCAGUGGUCAGAUGGAAAGUGUCCGACAAAUACAUAGUUCUUCUCGAAGUCAGGUGGCCGCUCAGAGGGAUUUCAUGUUGUGGAGCCAGAGAGUAGUGGUCAACGAACUAAAUCCUGGUAUUAGUCGGGUACAAGAAGAGUGCCGAGCUGCAAAAGGUGAAAGAGAAAUUACUCUUUAUACUUUUGAAAAGAAAAGAAAGCCAUCUCAUACCGUCCAGAGAAAUGAUUUUCAACCUGGUAGUGGACGAUCUUUACGAAGAACACAGCGCAAACGCCAACACGCUUACCGAACGCGCUCCACCAUAGAACAUAAUCCACAAGCACCAAGCCAGAAUGCAUUCGCCCAGGAAGAAUCAGAAAGCUCCUCAGAGGAAGAGGAAACUGGAGGCACUAGUGAUGCGUCUGCAGAUGAUGUUGUAGCCGAGUGGCAGAUGGAAAGCUCCUCCAGUGAUUCAUCAAGUGAUUAUUCUGAUUGGACAGCAGAUGCUGGAAUUAAUCUGCAACCUCCGAAGAGACAAACCAGACAGACAACACGGAAAAUAUGUAUCAGCUCUGAGGAAGAAAAUUUAAAGGAUACUAAAUCACUAGAAGAAAAGAAAAGUAAACCAAAACAGACAAGAAAAAAGAAACCUAGUGGACUGCCUGCUGUAACAGGUGAACCCAGUGAAGAGUGGCUUGCACCGCAGUGGAUCUUGGAUACCAUCCCACGCCGUUCCCCAUUAGUUCCACAGAUGGGAGAUGAGCUGAUAUAUUUUAGGCAAGGCCAUGAAGCUUAUGUGCGGGCUGUAAGAAAAGCAAAAAUAUACAGUGUUAAUUUGCAGAAACAGCCAUGGAACAAAAUGGACCUCAGGGAGCAAGAAUUUGUGAAGACUGUGGGAAUCAAAUAUGAAAUUGGACCACCUACACUUUGCUGCUUGAAGCUCGCAUUUCUGGAUCCCAUCUCAGGCAAAAUGACUGGAGAAUCUUUUUCCAUUAAGUACCACGAUAUGCCAGAUGUUAUUGAUUUCCUUGUUCUCCAUCAGUUUUAUAAUGAAGCCAAAGAAAGGAACUGGCAGACUGGUGACAGAUUUCGCAGUAUAAUAGAUGACGCAUGGUGGUUUGGAACUGUGGAGAGUCAACAGCCUUUCCAACCAGAGUAUCCUGACAGUUCCUUCCAGUGUUACAGUGUUCAUUGGGACAAUAACGAGAGAGAAAAGAUGAGCCCCUGGGACAUGGAACCAAUUCCAGAAGGAACUGCCUUGCCAGAUGAAGUUGGUGCUGGUGUCCCUGUAUCUCAGGAAGAACUGACUGCUCUGCUCUACAGGCCUCAAGAAGGAGAAUGGGGGGCUCAUUCUAGAGAUGAGGAAUGUGAACGGAUUAUUCAGGGCAUCGACCAUCUUCUUACCCUGGAUUUUGCUAGCCCUUUUGCUGUUCCCGUGGACCUUAGUGCCUACCCCUUGUAUUGCACUGUAGUUGCUUAUCCGACCGACCUCAACACAAUUAGGCGGAGACUUGAAAACCGAUUUUAUAGGAGAAUAUCAGCAUUGAUGUGGGAGGUACGAUACAUUGAACAUAAUGCCAGGACUUUCAAUGAGCCCGACAGUCCUAUAGUUAAAGCAGCCAAAGUUGUAACUGAUGUUUUACUUCGCUUUAUUGGGGAUCAGAGCUGUACUGAUAUUCUGUCUACAUAUAAUAAAGUUAAGGCAGAAGAUUUAAUAAGUACCGAGGAAGAUGGGGACCAGGAUGUUAGCAAUGAGGUGGUGGAAGUGCCAGAUUUAGAUUCCGAUGGUCCUGGAACAUCCUCUGGAAUAACAGUAAGAUGCCCACCCAAAACUUCCAUCCAAGCAACUCCUGUUGAAUGGGUUAAACAGUGUAAAGAACUUUUGAGCCUCAUUUAUGAACGUGAAGACUCCGAGCCCUUUCAACAACCUGUGGAUCAGUUGUCUUACCCGGAUUAUCAAGAUAUUAUAGACUCUCCUAUGGACUUCAGCACUGUGAAAGAAACUUUGGAAGCAGGAAACUAUGCCAGUCCUUUGGAAUUUUAUAAGGAUGUUCGCCUAAUAUUCACCAACUCAAAAGCUUAUACUCCUAAUAAAAAGUCAAGGAUCUACAGCAUGACUCUUCGCUUAUCUGCCUUAUUUGAAAAUCAUAUUAAAAAUAUAAUCUCUGAUUAUAAAUCUACCAUCCAGUGUCAGAAGAGGAAACGGCCCCCGUACAGAAAACGUCUCCGGAGCAGCAGUAGUUCACCAAAUAGUAGCAGAGCAUCAAGUCCAAAAGGAAAACAGAAACAAGCCAAGACAGAGUCUCAAAGUGACCCAAAUACCUCACUGCCUUUGACCCGGACGAGCUCUUCUGUCUCAUCUCAUGCGCACUCUCCUGAAAUUGAAGUUUCAGACCUUGCUGACGAUCCUGUUGGAUAUGUAGUUGAUGAAGCCAUUGAGGAACAGAGUUCGUCAUCAGAUUCAAAUGUACAAAGCCAAAAUGGAAGUAGUACCAAUCCAAGGAAAAGUACAUCGUCCCAGGGUAAAGUUACACCAGUUGAAAGAGAUCAGUCCAUGGAUGAGCCUCUUACAAAUGGUAAUGGAAAAGAGCACCAGAAAGGAGUGAAGAGAAAAUUACUUACUACAUCAGAAGAUGAUGAAAGCCUGGAUGAAGAAGGAGAGAAAAAAGGUACAAAAGAGAAAACAUGUUUAUCUUCGUCAGAGAGUGGGGAGUCUAGUUCAAGUUCUGAAAGUUCAUGUUGCUCUGAUACAGACUCUGAUUCAAGUUCUAGAACAGACCGUGAUUAUGUAGAAGGAGACCACGACUACAGCAAAGUCAUUCAUACUAGGCCUAAAAGAAAGAUCAGAAAGGAUCUCGCCAGUGGAAAAAGACCUUGGAAGACUAGAGGAGCUGGAGGAAGGGGUAGAUGGGGUCGAUGGGGCCGAUGGAGCCGAGGAGGAAGAGGAAGAGGAAGCAGAGGUCGUGGAAGUAGAGGAAGAGGAAAUGGAGCAAGGGGGAGAGGAAGAGGAAGAGGAGGAAGAGGAGCCGCCAGAGGAAGCUCUAGAGCCAAACGUGCACACAUCGCAGAAGAUGAAUUUGAGGUGUUUUCAGGUCGAUUUAGUAGACUGCCCCGAAUUAAAACAAGAAACCAAGGUCGGAGAACUGUUUUGUAUAACGACGAUUCUGACAAUGACAGCUUUGUUCCCACUGAAGAUCCGUUGAAUCUUGGUACAUCCAGAUCAGGCAGAGUACGUAAAAUGACAGAGAAGGCCCGGGUUAGUCAUCUCAUGGGAUGGAAUUAUUAACAAAUGAACAUUUUAGAAGAAUUUUUAAAAAUCAGAUCCCAAUGGCCUUCUACUACAGGGAACUUACCAGGCAUAUCUACCGAGCAAAUUGUGUGGGGACUUUCUGCUUCCUUCCAGUGGUGCUUUUUCAUUAUGCCAGUAUAUGUUUGUUUUGAGACUCGAGCUCUCCACACUUCAAUUUUCCCUGCAAGCCUUACUCAUUAGGCCUUAAAUUAAAGAAAUUCUGCUCCCCCCCCACACUACAUAUUUACUAUGUUAAAGGAGCUUCCGGCUUCUCUACAGUAGCAUGACAUUUUUAUCACAAAAAGGAAAUCGCCCUUUUUUUGGUUUUGUAUUAUAGAAAUUACAGCACCUUCUUACAGAGUUUUUAUAUAGUUUUUUUUUUACCAUUUUGAUUCCUAUACACAGUAAUAAUGAUAACUUUUGCACAAUACACCAAUCCUAAAGGCAGCUAUAAAAUGUUUACAGUUUCUAUAUUGUAAGAAGGAUCUGGAUUAUUUUAAUCAUCCCAGGCCAAACUUUCACAAAUUGUACUGAGCUGAAGUAUAUUUAUAGCACAGGUUUUUUUUGGGGGGGGAGGGGACCUGAGCAAGAAGAUGGGGAGCUGGGGGGAUCUUGAUAUGCUUUUCAUUGAUUCUUCAUGUUAAAAGAAUGUUUUUAAAAUGAUGUUUACCUGAGAGACAUAAGGAGCCUCCUGCUAUCUAAGAGAAUGAAGGAUUCUCUUCACCUGGGAAACAGUUACUGCUAAUAUGUGUUGGGUCACUUUUAGUGGUGGUAAAUCUGAUGUUUACACUUGAAAUCUGGGCAUCUUGCUGUGUUAAAAUGUCGGCCUGCAAAACUUUGGUCUCAACACUUGUGUUUUAGACCUCAGAAAAUGAGAUGUCUAAGACCCUCCUCUGGCUCACAACAAGAUUUUCUAGCUGAGCCACAAAGCCCUGAAAUUUUUGAUUUAUGGCAGAAUUGCCUGCAGUCUUAACUGUAACAUUAUAAGUGGUGCUUUACUAAAAUGUGUGGGGAGGGCAAAGGGUGGGCAGUUUGUGGUGUUGGGCGGGAUUGGGAGGGAUAGAGGGAGGGUGGGGGUGACUACGAGCCAGAAGCUGAAGGAGCUAACACUCUGUCAGCUAAUAGGGACUUUUCAGCCUAGUUCCUUCCAUACCUUCUGUGUUUAGCCAUGUACUUCCCUCCCAAUACUCAGAACUUCACUGGCUUCGAGAUUAUUUGGCAGGCCAAGGACUGGACUGCAUGUUUAUGCAUUUGCUAUCUGUUGUACAAAAUUCAAGAAAUAAACUGUUUUGAGAAAUGUUGUUAUCACCCAUCUCUUUCUGGCACCCCCAGUGACUAUGACAGUGGCCUUUGGCUGAUGUGAAUUGGGAGGGUGAAAAAAAAAAGUAUUUGGUUUUAUUAAGUUAAAAAACUCCCUUCGAAAUAUUAAAGAAACAUUUUUCAAAUUUCUUCCUUAAGUCUUAAUAUUUUCAUAUAUUAAGUGUUGUUUUUCAUUAGAAAAAGUAAUAUAUUCUUUACAGCAGUAUUGACUGGGGAAGAUCAGUUUGGGGUUGUUCCUUUUUUUUUUUUUCCAGUUGAGCUCAGAACAAAGUUUAAGUACUGUCUAACCUCUUAACAAUUUUAUGUGUUCCUGACAGUUUAAAGCAGGCCACCAAAAAUGCACAAAACCAGAUUGAACUAAUACAUUUAGUUUGGGUGUUGAUUUUCAAGGGAUAUUUAUGCCCAUAUAUUUACAGCCUCAAUCUCAGGUCCCUUUAAAUAAAUAUACUUCAGGGAUUUUUGAUGCCACCCAGUGAUGGCAGACCAAAUGUAAUAUUUAUAUGCAAUGAGCUGUUAGUGUUUGUAUUAUAAACAUGUAAAUCUGUAAAUUUUGGGGGGAGUUCACUUAUGUAAUUUGAGAUGUUAUCGUUUUCCAGCUGUGUCUUAAUAAAAAAGAUAAACUCUU